GGAGCGGCUGCUGCUGUCGCUGCUGCCGGCGCACAUAGCCAUGGAGAUGAAGGCCGAGAUCAUCCAGCGGCUGCAGGGCCCCAAGGCCGGCCAGAUGGAGAACACCAACAACUUCCACAACCUCUACGUCAAGCGCCACACCAACGUGAGCAUCCUGUACGCUGACAUCGUGGGGUUCACCCGGCUGGCCAGUGACUGCUCCCCGGGAGAACUGGUCCAUAUGCUCAACGAACUCUUCGGAAAGUUCGACCAAAUUGCGAAGGAGAACGAGUGCAUGCGGAUAAAGAUCUUAGGAGACUGCUACUACUGCGUGUCGGGGCUGCCCGUGUCGCUUCCCAACCACGCCAAGAACUGCGUGAAGAUGGGGCUGGACAUGUGUGAAGCCAUAAAGAAAGUGCGGGACGCCACGGGCGUGGACAUCAACAUGCGGGUCGGGGUGCACUCCGGGAACGUCCUCUGCGGCGUGAUCGGCCUGCAGAAGUGGCAGUACGAUGUGUGGUCCCACGACGUCACCUUGGCCAACCACAUGGAGGCCGGAGGGGUGCCCGGGCGCGUUCACAUUUCGUCAGUCACCCUGGAGCACCUGAACGGCGCUUAUAAAGUGGAGGAGGGAGACGGGGACGUCAGGGACCCCUAUUUAAAGCAGCACCUCGUGAAAACCUACUUUGUCAUCAACCCCAAGGGGGAACGGCGGAGCCCCCAGCACCUCUUCAGACCUCGCCACACCCUGGAUGGAGCCAAGAUGAGGGCCUCUGUCCGCAUGACCCGCUACCUGGAGUCCUGGGGGGCAGCCAAGCCGUUUGCGCACCUGCACCACAGAGACAGCAUGACGACGGAGAACGGCAAGAUCAGCACCACGGAUGUUCCGAUGGGUCAGCAUAAUUUCCAGAAUCGCACUUUGAGAACCAAGUCUCAAAAGAAAAGAUUUGAAGAAGAGCUGAACGAAAGGAUGAUUCAAGCAAUUGAUGGAAUUAAUGCCCAAAAGCAGUGGCUCAAAUCCGAAGACAUCCAGAGAAUCUCCUUGUUUUUCUACAAUAAAAUACUAGAAAAAGAAUACCGGGCCACCUCGCUGCCGGCCUUCAAGUACUACGUGACCUGCGCCUGCCUCAUCCUCGUCUGCAUCUUCCUCGUGCAGAUUCUCGUGCUGCCCAAGACGUCCGUCCUGGGGAUCUCCUUCGGAGCCGCCUUCCUCUCGCUGGCCUUCAUCCUCUUCGUGUGCUUUGCCGGACAGCUGUUGCAGCGCAGCAAGAUGGCCUCGGCCCCCCUCCUGUGGCUCCUGAAGUCCUCGGGCAUCAUCGCCGACCGGCCCUGGCCGCGCGUCUCCCUCACGGUGGUCACCACGGCCAUCAUCCUGACCAUGGCGGUGUUCAACAUGUUUUUCCUGAGCGACUCAGAGAGGACGCCCCCGCCCGCGGGCAACAUGUCCAACGCCAGCUCCACCGGAGACCAGGCCGCCGAACAGCGCGCCCGGAGCUUGUUUUUCCUCCCGUACUUCAUCUACAGCUGCAUCCUGGGGCUGAUCUCCUGCUCUGUGUUUCUGCGGGUGAACUACGAGCUGAAGAUGCUGAUCAUGACGGUGGCCCUGGUGGCCUACAGCACCAUCCUGCUGCACACGCACGCUGGCCUCCUGGACGGAUACAGCCAGGUCCUGUUUAAGAGGCCAGGCAUCUGGAAAGACCUGAAGACCAUGGGCCCCGUGUCGCUCUUCAUUUUCUUCAUCACUCUGCUGGUUCUGGGCAGACAGGACCUGUACCACCAGUCGUACGACUGCGUCUGCGUCAUGUUCGCCUCCAUCCCGGACUUCAAAGAGUUCUACACGGAGUCGGACGUGAACAAGGAGGGCCUGGAGUGCCUGCGGCUCCUGAACGAGAUCAUCGCCGACUUUGACGAUGCCCUGCUGUGCGCAGGCAUCAACCACGGCCCCGUCAUCGCCGGCGUCAUCGGCGCGCAGAAGCCGCAGUACGACAUCUGGGGGAACACGGUGAACGUGGCCAGUCGCAUGGACAGCACCGGCGUCCUGGACAAGAUCCAGGUGACCCAGCCGCCCCAGCCACCCAGCUCCCCGAGUGGCACCCGGGAGCACAGAGACUGGAGAGUGGAAACCAAGUCUGUCAUCCGUGUUUCUCCUGGACGACGGCGGCGGCCCUGGCGGCUGUAA